AUGCUCAAUGAUCCGGGAUUGGUUUCAGCUGGCUUCAUUAAUCAGCGUCCAUUCACCCUGGCUUUGGGCUUUGUGCAACCAAUUAAACUUAUACGCUCUUGUGGGUUGGCUGAGCUCAUCUUAGGCUGUGUUACCCAGGAUGCAGCGCGACGUGACGUCACCGCGAAAAAAAAACAUUGGGUGAACCAUGGACCAAACGACGAUGUCAAGCAGGAUAUAUUUCUAUGCGUCCGUCCAUUCAUCCGUCCGUCCAUCCAUCCAUCCAUCCAUCCAUCCAUCUUCUACAGUUUAUCUGCAGUCAGGUCCCAGGGUCAGCAGCUGAAACAGUGCAGCCCAGACUUCCCUCUUACCAGUCGUCCGUCCAUCCAUCCAUCCAUCCAUCCAUCCAUCCAUCCAUCCAUCCAUCCAUCCACCUAUCUAUCCAUCCAUUCAUCCAUCCACCUAUCUAUCCAUCCAUCCAUCCAUCCACCUGUCCAUCCAGCCACCCAUCCAGUCAUCCGUCCAUCCAUCCAUUCAUCCAUCCAUCCACCUGUCCAUCCAUCCACCCAUCCAGUCGUCCGUCCAGUCAUCCAUCCAUCCAUCCAUCCAUCCGUCCAUCAAUCCAUCUAUCCAUCCAUCCACCUCUCUAUCCAUCCACCUAUCCAUCCAUCCGGCCAUCUGCCCGUCCAUCCAUCCAUCCAUCCAUCUAUUUUCUACAGUUUAUCUGUAGUCAGGUCACAGGGUCAACAGCCUAAACAGUGCAGCCCAGACUUCCCUCUUACCAGUCAUCCAGCCAUCCGUCCGUCCAUCCAUCCAUCCACUUCUCUAUCCAUCCAUCCACCUGUCCAUCUAUCCAUCCACCUGUCCAUCCAUCCACCCAUCCAGUCGUCCGUCCGUCCGUCCAUCCAUCCAUCCAUCCACCUGUCCAUCCAUCCACCCAUCCAGUCGUCCGUCCAGUCAUCCAUCCAUCCGUCCAUCCAUCCACCUCUCUAUCCAUCCAUUCAUCCAUCCAUCCAUCCAUCCAUCCACCCAUCCAGUCGUCCGUCCAUCCAUCCGGCCAUCUGCCCGUCCAUCCAUCCAUCCAUCCAUCCAUCCAUCCAUCCAUCUAUUUUCUACAGUUUAUCUGCAGUCAGGUCACAGGGUCAGCAGCCUAAACAGUGCAGCCCAGACUUCCCUCUUACCUGUCGUCCGUCCAUCCAUCCACCUGUCCAUCUGCCCGCCCAUCUGUUCAUCCGUCCAUUCAUCCAUCCAACCUUCAAUUCAUCCACCUGUCCAUUCAUCCAUCUGUCCAUUUGUCUGUCCGUCCAUUCGUCCCUUCAUCCAUCCAUCCAUCCAUCCACCUGUCCAUUCAUUCACUCGUCCAUCCAUCCAUCUUCAACAGUUUAUCUGCAGUCGGGUCCCAGGGUCAGCAGCCCGAACAGUGCAACCCAGACUUCCCUCUUACCAGUCAGAUGUGCCCUGAUCACCUCCCCACAGUGGCGUCCGAGAAGACCAGACACCCAAGCCACCUCAACUGGCUCUUCGCAGUACAAAGGAGCACCGGUUCUAUUCUGAGUUUCUCUCAGAUGACAAUGCUUCUUACCUUGUGUCUAAGGGAGGACCCAGCCAUCCUAUGGAGAAAACUCAUUUCUUGUCCUUUUGCUCUGACCAUAGAUGAGUGUAGGAAUGUAGAUCAACCAAUAAAUUGAGAGCUUUGUCUUUCGGCUCGCUCUUCACCACAACGGACCGAUGCAGACUCCCAACCUUGAGAUGGCAUUUCACCCUUUUCCAUAUUGUCAUUAAUUUGCACAACCAUAGUCAGUGACUGAUUAUAUGUACACUAUUUACACUCAGUCUUUCUGUCUAUUUGCAUACUUGUGGUCUCAGUUGGUCAUUUUGACGUCAAACAUCACAUUUACUUUCCUGCUUUCAAUUUGGGAAAGCAGGGAACCCUGGGUUCUUCUCUGCAAGCACUGUUUGGCAUGGUGCAGGAAAAACAGUUGCGUCCUUUGUCUGUGAAGUAGAAACCAAGAGAACAUUA